UCAACUGGGUCUUCAGUGUAGCUCUGUUUCAGUUCAAUUGAAUGUUCCAGAACGUAAAAACGUACUGAAAUCAGCCCAGAUUGCUUUUAACAUUCUCCCCUGCUCAUUCGAUGGACACGUCAACCACUGGUUAGCUAGUUGAUAGGUAAAUUACCUAUCCAGACGUUGUAGGAUCUGGAAGGCGUCAGCAACGUCUGAGUAGAGGGACGUGCCCUUGAUCAGUAGUGAAAGCGCAGCGUCGUCGCCUGCUCUUUUCGAGGCCAAUGAGAGAACUGCUGACGGAGGUAAUGGGAGGGCCAGACGUACACCUGAGCAGGUCAGGAUGACUUGAUUGUGUGCCCACGCCCCCUGUGAAUAAUCUAUCGGAUCGAUUUGUUUCUGCGAAACGUUUUUUUUUWAUGCGUGGAAUUAAGAACGAUCACAUUGGGAACGGAUACUUUUACCGGUCUCUUUUUUGACCUACUACUACUGUUUCGGCUACUUCGAGAUUUGUUGGAUAUUAGCCAAAAAUCAACACAAUGCAAUAUGUUCAUUUAUCUAAGGAUUCAUGCCGAAACGGUUCCAUAAUAAGGCUACUGUGUCCAUCUCAGACUGCUGUGUGUAUAGUCAACGGGGAGGCAAGCCUCCUCAACACCUCCUUCACUGACAAUCACAAUGCCACUGAGACAGAGCUGUCAGCCGUCGUUAACAACUGGACCAGCUAUAACUUCUGGACUGGUUUGACCUUGGCGGUGCUGUCGGCCUUCCUGAUUGGAGGAAGUGUGAUGCUGAAGAAGAAGGCCCUGCUUCGCCUAGCCAAUAAUGGACAGACCAGAGCAGGUGAAGGUGGUCAUGGAUAUUUAAAGGACUGGCUAUGGUGGAGUGGCCUUCUAACCAUGGGUGCCGGUGAGGUUGCCAACUUUGCAGCGUACAUGUUUGCGCCAGCUACUGUGGUGACUCCUCUGGGUGCCCUGAGUGUCCUCAUCAGUGCAGUGCUGUCCUCUUACCUGUUGGGGGAGACACUGAAUCUGUUGGGAAAGCUGGGCUGUGUGCUCAGCAUACUGGGCAGCACUCUCAUGGUGAUCCAUGCACCUGAAGAAGAGGAAGUCACUACCCUGCAGCAGAUGACUGACAAACUGCUCGACCCAGGCUUCCUUGUGUUUGCCAGUAUCCUGCUGGUGGCCUGCCUGCUGCUUAUCUUCUACUUCUCCCCCCGUGUGGGCCAGACCAACAUCCUGGUCUACAUCGGCAUCUGUUCUAUGCUGGGAGCCUUCACCGUCUCCUCCGUCAAGGGCCUGGGCAUCGCCAUCCGCACAGUGUUCUCUGACCCGGCCGUGGUGCGUCACCCGCUCACCUGGAUCCUGCUGGCGUCACUGAUCAGUUCUAUCGUGGUCCAGGUCAACUACCUGAACAAGUCCCUGGACACCUUCAACACGCUGCUGGUCUACCCAAUCUACUAUGUGUGCUUCACCACCGUGGUGCUCACCACCUCCAUCAUCCUGUUUAAAGAGUGGGGGACCAUGUCUGGUGUGGACGUGGUGGGCACCGUGGGGGGCUUCCUGGUCAUCAUCUUGGGGGUAGCCAUGCUGCACCUGUUCAAAGACAUCCACGUCACCCUGGAGGGCCUGGCCAGCAGAAUGUGUCAGCCGCUGGAGGUGAAACGGGAGGACAAACACAUCCUUAUUGAGAAUAUGGAGAGCCUGCCUCCCAUGAGAGAAGACGCACCCAGAGUCUUCAUCAUCAGCUGAGAGACUGGCACCCAGAGUCUUCAUCAUCAGCUGAGAGACUGGCACUCAGGAUCUUCAUCAUCAGCUGAGAGACUGGCACCCAGAGUCUUCAUCAUCAGCUGAGAGUGGCACUGAGGAUUUUCAUCAUCAGCUGAGAGACUGGCACCCAGUAUCUUCAUCAUCAGCUGAGAGACUGGCACCUGAGAGGACUCUUAGCACUUUCACUUAUGUAAAUAUGUAUUUGUUAGUCUUUUUAUUGGUCGUUUUAUGUAGAUUUGUGACCAAAGCUUUUGUUGACUAUGUCUAUGAUGCUCCAGGAUGCUAAAUAGCCUGCUACUGAGGACCUUUGUCUAUGAAGGUACCAGAGAAGAGAUUACAUUUUAUAUAGUUGUUUAAACUUGUGGGUGUUUUUUAACCUCAGUUAAUGAUAAUAUGGGUUGCUGAUGACGCUGCAGGCUAUGUAGACUGCUGCUGAAGACCAAUGUUUGUGAUUCAUCAAGGUAUUUUUUAGGGCUAGUUUWAAAAAAAUGUUUGUAUACUUUGCAUUUUAAGAUGUUGACUACAUUUCAUAUUUCUUUUGCCUGUCACUCAUUUCAAUAAAUAUUUUCUAUUUUGUGCCAGCCAUUA